GCGAUGACCAAGCAAUUUGCGCUUGCUGGUGCGCACCGGAUUUGGAUCGUCGGUCGCGAUCUGGAAGCGUUGUAUGAAACUCAAAUUGAAGUACAAGCUGCCGCUUCAGAUUGCAAGGUUACGCCACUCACAGCGGACCUCACUUCUCCCUCAGACGUCACGAAGCUCUUCGACAGCCUGGACGGCGAGGUACCGGAAGUUCUGCUCAACAAUGCCGGAGUAUCGCUGUCACAAGUUCACCUAAUCGACAGCGACCCAGUGCAAUGGUGGGCCGAUUGGGAAGUCAACAUCCACGGCCUCUAUCUCGUGACACGGCAAUGGCUCAAAGCACUCACGGGUAGAGCCGGAACCGUCAUCAGCACCUCAUCAUCGGUCAGCGACCGGGUCGAUCCUAACAUGAGUUCCUAUGGCACGUCCAAGCACGCCGUCAAUCGUCUGACGGAGAUGAUUCAGAUGGAAUAUGGCAAGCAAGGAGUCCGAGCCCUGGCAUUCCACCCUGGCGGUAUUGCUUCCACAGGGAUGGGACAAGCGGCGCCUGAGCAAUAUCGUGCAAAUCUCUUUGACACGGUUGAUCUUGCGGCGAGUACGGCUCUGUAUCUCUCGACGCCCGAGGCGGGGUAUCUCGACGGAAGAUUUGUGUAUUCGAACUGGAAUAUGGAGCAUGUCGAACAGCUGAAGGAUGUCAUUGUCAAGGACAAUUUGUUGGUUGCACGCAUCAAUUAUGGGUCGAUUUUGAGCGCGGAUGUCGUCAGAUGAACGUUAUUGUGUUUCGCGUCACCUCUGAGAUGGGCUAUUUGCUAUUGUGAGAACAAUAUUCUCGUUUGGGAUCAGCUUCGGGCGAUGGAAUGCGAACUCUGGCGCGAGUGAUGAUGUGGUCGAUCAUCCGUGACGAACAUUUGCUCCGAAAGAUGUCAAG